GUAUCACUGCUUUCACUCCUUCACUCACUCAUAUCUUCUUCUUCUGCAUUUCAAUUUUCGCCUGUGAUUUCUCACGGAUGUCUGCAGCUUCCUCUCUCGUUCUCUUUCUUCACCCUCCUCCUCCUCCUCCUCCUCCUCCUCUCCUCCCCAGGCGCCACCACUACUACACUCUCUCCCCACUUUCCCUCUCCUUCAAAUCCCUAAAACCCCCCAACACCAUCUGCUUCUCUUCAAAUUCUUCCCACGACGCAGCCGAAGAGUCCCGGUGGCUCCGCGAAGAGCAGCGAUGGCUCCGCGAGGAGCAGAGGUGGCUCCGGGAGGAACAGCGCUGGGCGCGCGACCGCGACGCGCUCCUCCGUGAAAUUGCGGAGCUCAAGCUCAAAAUCCAGGCUCUGGAGCGCCAGGGAGGACUGGGAGGAGGGGCUUCGGUGGUGUCGGAGUCCGACACCAUCGCCAGCGUCGCCGGUUUGCUGCAGAUGCUAAAGGAGAAGAAUCUGAUAGCGGAGACAGGGUCGAGCUCCAAACCCCUGGAGUUGAAUCAUCAGGAAAUUCAGGAGAUUCAGGAGAUUCAGGAGAAGGAGGUGAUUGCGGUUUCGGAAGUGAAGCAGGAGGAGAAGAAGACGAGGAGGAGGAGCAGAAGUGCUUUGCGGAAGGGACUGGAAGGUGAAGAAGUCCGAGCAAUGCAGGAAGCAUUGCUUAAACUCGGUUUUUACUCGGGUGAGGAAGACAUGGAGUUUUCCAGCUUCUCAACCGGAACAGAACGCGCUGUCAAAACUUGGCAAGCCUCCUUAGACAUUCCUCAAGACGGAAUAGUGACUGCAGAACUUCUUGAACUAUUAUUUGCGGAUCCAACAAUUGAGGUUGCAGAUGACAAAAGGGCGACUACUCCAAAGGAAGAUGCAAAUGGAGCUGCAGUUACUUCUGCAACAGAAAUUACAGAGGUCCAGCAAACAGUAGUGAAAGAAGAAGACGGUACAGAAGUAGAGGUAUCCCACCAUCGAGUUUUUCUUCUAGGAGAGAACCGCUGGGAAGAUUCUUCUAGACUUAUCACCAACAAGAAAAAAGGUGGUGAUGGCAAGACUGCGGGUGCCUCAACAAGGUGCCUUACUUGCCGAGGGGAGGGUCGCUUAUUGUGUACAGUUUUUACAUGUGCAGAAUGUGACGGAACUGGCGAGCCAAACAUUGAAGAACAGCAGUUCUUGGAUUGGGUGGAGGAGGGAGCAAAGUGUCCAUAUUGUGAAGGUCUCGGGUAUACGAUUUGCGACGUAUGUGAUGGGAAACCAGUAGCCUAGGCACGAAAUACGUACUUGUAUAAUUCGGUACAUGUGCAGUUUUAUGCUAUAGUGCAUGUAUUUGGUUGUUCAGUGGUAAAGUAUUUUGCAUU